GCUUAAUUCAUUGUCUUGGUGGCACAGGGAGGAAGCAAACUUCCCUUACUGUGCCGGUCCAGCUGCAGCUACGAACUAGUGCGGGACCGAUGCAUCAACCGUAUUGAUUACAAGAAUCCCAUCUGACAACAAGAAGAACAGAAACGAGAUCAGCAGCAAGAAGUAGGAGGCAGCGCAACUAUCUCUCUCAGGAUUCCGUUUGAUUUUUGCCUCGAUUCUAUUGCAUUCGAUYGUAGUCGCUUUUCAGUGCAAGCGGAGAAACAAACACUGGAAAUUAUCUCUACUUCAAUCCAUCCGGCAAGUCACCCGUCCAAAAUCACACCAGCGACAUGAGCAACGGCGGCAUUCCUACCGGUAGCGGCCACGACGAAUCGGUGGCCAUGAACUCUUCUCGACACAACGAAAAUGGUGCCCCUUCGGCGCAGCCCCUGCCCAAGUGCUUCUGCAACUGGAAGUACUGUAGGGUGUACCAGAAGGCCUUUCGCGAGUACAAGCACCCGCUGUACAACGGGGUCGUCAAGCUAAAGUUCCACGAAAACGACCCCGUUUCCAUGGCCCUCAAGGCUUCCAUCGACAGGACGCUGUGCGUGGAAUCGKGCAAGCGAAACGACUGGAAGGAAACCGAGGAGGGGGAUACCCGCUACUGUCGGUAUUACGUAGCACGCCACCACUUCACGGAACCCCUGAUGAAACAGUACCUAGGCAACCGCCGGGCAUGGGACUGGAACGAUCUCCUGGACGAGGAAGACGCGCAGCGAUUCCUCUACAGCACGGACGAACAAUACGUCUAUAGCGGCAAGGAUGGCGUUGACGAUGACGACGACAGCGACGACGACGAAGGAGAGAGUGGCAAGCUUCGGUACUUGCAGAGCCCGAAUGUUCCCAAGGAAGAGGUCCGGGAACUCCUAAAGACGCUCAAGGCGGAACAUGCGAGACGCGAAUUCGCAAACAGCACUAGCCGGACGCCCCCCGAAUCCCCGUUGCCGUCCCAGCGAAAGAGSGGAACUUCUCAGAACCGACGGGAGCAGGACGAUCGGCCGGUCUUGUUGUCACCCAAACAAGAGAACGAAGAAGGCGACAACUACUACGCAGCGACCAGCCCGCACAGCAGGAAAUCGGUGAGCGGCAGCAGAAAAUCAAGCAAGAGGAACAACGGCAACAGCAAUAGUACUUCAACAAAGACAACUACCAAGUCUUCAUUGUCGAGAGAAGAAAUAGUGAUAGACAGCGAGGACUACGAAGACAGCGACGAGGAUGAGUACGAGGACAAUCACAACAGCACCCGCAAAAGCAAAAAUACGAGAAAUGACAAGACUUCUCGCAAUCCCCGCAAAUACACCACGUCAAGGAGCAAGCGAAAGAUCGCGAAGGAAUCAGACGACAAUUCCUCGUCGUCGCAAUCCAACGGGGUGCGGGAAGAAAACAUUAAACUGAAAGAGCAACUCGACAGCUGCCAGAAACAGAUCAGCAUGUUGCAGAACAUCGUGGAGAAACUCAGCAUGCACGUGAACCUCGACGACGAUGGCGAUGCCGGUGCGCGUAAACGAAGCGACGGUGGCAAAAAGAGUAAGGGCCACAAAUCRUCAAGGAAGGCAAAAGAAACCACGAAAGCUAGAAGAAAAUCGAAGAUGAAAGCGGACUACAGCGAUGACGAUGAUGACGACGACGACGAUGUCGACCUUUCCGACGUUCAAAACUCGCAAGACGYGGAGGAAUCUUCGUCGGAAGAAGACGACGAUUCUUCGGAGCAGGAGGAGGUCGCUUCGCGGAAUUAUACUUACAAGGGCAGCAACGGAGGCCUGCACACAAGUUCUCGCCGACAAAACGGCAGCGAGCAACGCUCUACCACACGAAACAACCGCCAGUCCAUUCGGCGUGGGUCCAUUCAUUCGCGCCGCUCGAUCGUAUCGCGAUCGUCUCGCCACCACUCAAGGAGGGGAAGCAUGAGGGGCGGAGGCGACGAUGCGGCCUCCAUCAUGUCCCGGCAAUCCCUCCAGUCCAUCAGUGUCAGCAUCAAGUCGCUUCCACGGGAAAUCGAGCUUAUGGACGACGACGACGACGAGUACGCCCGGGGCAACAAGGACGAUGGCAGCUUUUUCGACGACAACCGAUCCCUAGGAAGCCGGUCCGCCGCGUCCCGGGUGUCCCGCAGAUCACUGGUAUCUGGAUCCCGCAUACGAAACCGCAAAUCGGCGGUCCGUGCGGGCAACGGGAGCGUAAACGCCAACAGAGGAAGGAAGGGAGGCAAGCCAUCGAGCCGCGGCGCGGUCCCACAGGAGAUCGAUCUGAGCGGUGACGAGCUUGAAAACCCCGACGUAACCCACGCCAACGUCUCGACGGACACGCUCUUUGUGAAGGAAAAACAAAUCGUGGAUCCCUACGGAGAAAAGGGCGUCUAUACGGGGGCACUCAGCAAGUCCACCUGUAUGCCCAACGGCAAGGGGCGCCUAGAGUACGAAAAAGAGAGCCGUUGGUACGAGGGAGACUGGAUCCACGGUCGGUGGACGGGCUACGGAAGGUUGUCAAACGGAGAUGGCGACUUCUACGAGGGUGGUCUGAAAAAUGACCACAAGCACGGAACGGGAAUCAUGAGGUUCGCCGACGGACGCGUCUUCGAAGGRGAAUACAUUCGUGGCCAGAUGAUUGAGGGGAAAAUGACCUACCAGGACGGAUCCGUCUAUGGCGGCUCCUGGGUCGACGGGAUGCGGCACGGAAGAGGAAAGUGCAUAUUCGUCGAUGGAUCGGAGUACGAGGGGGAGUUCCGCGAAGGAAACUUCCACGGGCACGGCAAAAUGUCCUGGAACGACGGCGGCUGGUACGUCGGAAACUGGAGCAACGGCGAAAUGGAUGGCCAGGGCAAAGAGGUCCGGCCGGAUGGAUCCCUCCGGCAUGACGGCGAGUGGUCCGGGGGGCAGCCCAUACGGUCGGCCUCGGAGAAUCGCCGGAGGCGGCAGCAGCAGCUAGCGGCGGCCGGGACGGAGGAGGACCUGCCCAACGAAUGAAUGCACCGGACGAAGGAAUGAUAGCGACGCGAAGAACAACAGCAARCAAAUGCAACCAAACCAAACCAAACCAUGUAUUAACAAAAUUACAGACAUCUU